AUGGAAGUGAUCCAUGUCAAACUGCCCUCAGGGAAAGGGCAUAAAAAGAAAUGCUUUGUUGAUUUGGAACGAGAAUUGACAAAGAAAAAAUGUUUCAUCCGCAUUAAAAACAAGGAUGAUUUGUGCUGUGCUCGGGCCAUUAUUACGGCCAGAGCUAAACUUGACAAGGACCAAAGAUGGAACUCAAUUCGACAGGGUCGAAACAUACAGAGAACUCUAGCAGAAGAAUUACAUAAACUUGCCAAUGUACCUCCAGGGCAGUGCGAUUUAGAGGACGUGAAGGCCUUUCAGUCAGUGUUACCUGGAUACCAGAUCCACGUUCUUUCCAAAGAUUGCUUCAACGCCAUCGUGUACCAAGGCCCAGAGGCAGAGAAGAAGAUCUACUUGUAUCAUCACAAGAAUCAUUAUGAUGUUAUCACUACGAUGUCGGGGUUCUUGAACAGAAGUUAUUUUUGCCAGAAAUGCCAGAAAGGAUUUAAUACCAAAGAAAAGCAUAUCUGCAAUGAGCCAUGCCAUCUAUGUCACAGAUGCCACGACGACCAAUCAGAAAACUGGCAGUAUUGUUCCACGUGCAAACGUCAUUUCAAGAAUACUACCUGUUUCCAACUUCACGCUGAAUUGUCCUCCCAAGGCAAUUCCACGUGUCAUACAUACUAUCGUUGCCGCCAGUGCUCCACCACAGUAAACAGAAACAAAUCGAGACAACCGCACGUGUGUGGAAACAAAUACUGUGACACUUGCAAAAUGUUUAUGUCCGAAGAUCACGUGUGUUACAUGAAAACCACGGCAGAGGAAGAAGAAACGAAGCUGUUGAAAAGAAAACGGAAUGUAACGGUCGAUGAAGACGACGAACAACUCAAACAGUGGAUAUUUUUCGAUUUUGAAUGCACACAGGAUGACAUGAUCCAGUGUGAUGGGGGCUAUUUUCCCCAGAUAUCCAUCAAGUGUGGAAAUUGCCAUCGCAAAAACUGUCACUCGAAUCCGUGCGAACAGGGCUUUGUUCCAAGGAAAAUCACUUCUUGCAAAAAUUGCAACCAAUCGUCGUGUGGUUCAUAUCGACACGUGCCCAAUUUAUGCGUGGUUCAUAAAGUGUGCGAAGAAUGCAUUGACGAAGACGAGAUCAACGAGCAUAGCUACUCUUCAUCAUGCCAAUACAAGCAACGCAUUUUCAAUAGUCCAAACACACGUGACGAUUUCUGUAAAUGGUUAUUCUCGGACGAAAACGAAGGAGCCAAAAUCUUCUGUCAUAACUUUCGAUGGUACGAUAGCUAUCCCAUCGUCAGUUACUUGUACGAGAACGCCAUCUUGCCUGAAGUCAUCAUGAACGGAUCCAAAUUCAUGAGCAUCGAGAUACCUCGUCUCAAAAUGAAAUUCCUGGAUUCAAUGAAUUUCAUACCCAUGGCUCUCUCAAAGAUGCCAAAGGCGUUUGACAUACCUGAAGUCGCCAAGGGCUAUUUUCCACACCUAUACAAUCGAAAAGAAAAUCAGAGGGUUAUCGUGAAUCACCUACCAGACGUACAGUUUUAUAAUGCAGAUGGUAUGAUGCCCGAUGAUCGCACCAAGUUUCUUCAAUGGUACAAAGAACAUCAACACGAUAGUUUUGAUUUUCAGAAAGAAAUAAUCAAAUAUUGUCGGUCUGACGUCGAUAUCCUCAGGCGAGGGUGUCUCAAAUUCCGCGACAUCUUCAUGGACAUGACGUCAAGAGAUGAUCGGGACGGUGUUGACCCUUUCGAACGCUGCAUCACCAUUGCCUCGGAUUGUAAUCUGGUAUUUCGCAGUCUCUUUUUGGAAAGAGAGUCUAUCGGCAUUAUACCACCCCAAGGGUAUCGACCGAAAGACAGACAGUCCGUCAAGGCCAUGCAGUGGAUAAAAUACCAUGCUCAUCAAACAAACAUAGAUAUUCAACAUGCAGGCAACGUAGGGGAAAAAGCGAUUGGUCCGUACAGAGUUGAUGGAUACUAUGAAAUAGGGAAUCAGAAAAUAGUGAUGGAAUUCCAUGGUGAUUAUUGGCACGGUAACCCCAAAUGCUAUUCUGCCAACACCCUCAAUAAAGUCGUGGGAAUGACCAUGGGAGACCUCUAUCAGAGAACCUUGGUAAAGAGAAGGUACUUGGAAUCUUUGGGAUAUACUUACCUGCAGAUGUGGGAGUCUGAUUUUGACCGGGCUGUAGAGUCCACAGACGAAAUGAAGUCUUUUUUAGAGCACCUAGAGUUAACCUCGCCCUUACAACCUAGAGAUGCUUUUUUCGGCGGUAGAACCGAAGCCUUUAAACUGCAUGCCCAGGCAGAUGAAAACAUUGAUAUCAAAUAUUUUGAUGUGACUUCACUCUAUCCCUUCAUCAAUAAAACGGGCAAGAUUCCAUUGGGACGCCCCCAGAUCGUGACCGAAAAUUUCGAUCUUCUUCAAAACUACGAAGGCCUCAUCAAAUGCCGCAUCCUUCCCCCAAAGCAUCUAUACAUGCCAGUCCUUCCAUCGAAAAUCAACAAUAAGCUCCUGUUUGGCCUCUGUCGAACGUGCAUGGAGAAACAAAUACAGACCUGUGAGCACACCGACCGGGAAAGGAUGAUUUCUGGAACCUGGGUCACCGACGAGGUCAAAAAAAGCCGUAGAAAUGGGUUAUGUAAUGGACAAGAUUUUCGAAGUGUGGCAUUUCGAUCGCAUAUCACAGUACGAUGCACAAACAAAAUCGGGCGGGGCAUUCACUGA